ACACCAACAAAUUAAAGAAGAGAAGGAAGAGUUUUGACUAAACCUCAGGUACUAUACUAUCAAACCCAAAAUGGAGAGCUACCAUAUUCAUGCCCUCUUACCAAACCAGUGUGGCUCAAGCCUGGUCCAGACCAUAGAUGCUCCGCUUUCUCUCGUUUGGUCAGUCAUUCGCCAGUUUGAUAAUCCUCAAGCCUACAAGCAGUUCAUAAGCAGCUGCAAAAUGUGUGCCGGGGACGGAGGCAUAGGAAGCAUACGUGAAGUGAUGAUAAGCACCGGCUUACCGGCCAAAACCAGCAUGGAGAGGCUCGACAAGCUUGAUGAUGACAACCAUGUCAUGGAUUUCAGCAUUGUUGGGGGAGAACACAAGCUGGUGAAUUACAGUUCUACUACGACGGUGCAAGAAGAGAAGGGUAGAAAGUGUGUUGUGAUUCAAUCUUAUGUGGUGGAUGUCCCUGCUGGGAGUAGUAAGGAAGACACUUGCUUGUUUGCUAAUACCAUCAUAGAGUGCAACCUUAGGUCACUGGCGAAGGUUUCAGAAAGGAUGGCUGCUCUUUGAUCAACUGUUUUGCAGUAUUGAUGGUUUUAUCAGAUAGUUUAGAGGUCAGAC